AUGAGCAGAGUUAGGCUGUCCAAGCCGUCGUCAAGCUCGUCAAGGUCGUCGAGACCCUCGGCUGUGCAGCCGAAGCCGCCGCCCAACCCCAUCAUGCGGGCCCGAGCCUCGCCAGUACCAGAAGACGACUUUGAAAUGGUGGCCUUGGCCGAGGCGAAAGAAUACGCCGCAGUGCAGGAGAAUGCCGCGGCUCGCAAGCGAGUCAGCGAGGAGAACGCGGAACGGAAGAAGAAGGGGCUCGCCGCCAAGAAGCUCCCUCCGAAGAUCGUGCCCAACGCCUCGAAAGGUAAGGGCAGGGCCCUCAGGAGUAGCUCGUCCAACUCGGGAGAGCAGAGCUCUGGGGAUGAGAUGGAGUACGAGGGCCAGGUCAAGCUUGGCUUCAACCCGCUCCCGCUACUCGCAAAAACACCUCUUGAUACCCCGGUGGCGUCUAUUCGAGAGGCUGACGUGAGGGCAAAACGCCGAAGCGAGUCGACACCAUCACCUGCUCGGAAGGUUACGCCGAGCCGGCCGCCGCGCACCAGCGAACGGCAACCUAUGUCGCCAGACGUCAAGCCUAAGAUCGAACCCGAUGUGAAGCCAAAGAUUGAGGUUGACGUCAAGCCAAAGAUUGAACGUGGCGUGAAGAUUGAGCCGGAUGUCAAGCCAAAGAUCGAGCCCGACACAACGCCCGAUACCAAGCCCGUGCUUCAAGUCAAGCUUGAGCCAGGAAUUGACGCAUCUUCCCUGCCCGAUUCCCGGUUGAACAUCGAGGCAAGAGGAAAAGACGAGGGUGAUCAGGACAUCCCAGCAACAGUCGUCAAGUCGGAGCCGCAACCACCGGAGAACCACGAUGAUGCCGAGUCUGAGGUUCUAGAGGAAGACGACGACUACGACGAAGAGGACAUGAUCGUCACCGUUCCAUGGGCGUCCAGUGGACAGAAUGUAACCCACGCCGGCGUGGAGGACGCAGACCUUCAGCCUGAGACUCUCGAGGAAGAAGACGACCAGUACUCUGAUGACGACCUCUUUGACUACUCCACGUCGACUGGAGAGCCUUCGCAGAAGAUGGACGAGUCCAUAGGAGGGAGUGUUGCAAAAUGGGAGGAGCGCCCCAACUUCCCGGCGACGCCAGAGCAGCGACUAAAAGGCCCGUACCUCCUCGACAAAGACAACCCCACCAUGGCGGUGCCGGCAUCGAUCAACCGUUUCCUACGGGAUUAUCAACGCGAGGGAGCUCAGUUCAUGUACAACAAGUACAAACAGGGCGUGGGCGGGAUCCUUGGCGACGACAUGGGUCUCGGGAAGACGGUCCAGGUCAUUUCCUUUCUGUCUGCUGUGAUGCGCAAAACCGGGACGUCACAAGACGAAGGUCGUCGAAAGCUACUUAUCCGGGGAAGUGGCAAACUAUUGCCUCCGCGGCAGUGGCCAACUGCACUGAUUGUGGUCCCCACUUCGCUUAUUCCGAAUUGGGGAUUCUUCGAGUACAAAGUAUGGGCCACGGAGCAUCAACAGGCUGUGAAAGAGCAAAUGCUAGGGGGCUAUUUGGACAUUGUUCUGAUCUCCAGUGGGAUGAUGGCGAGGUCCAGUGACACAUUGAAGGACCUCGAGUUCUCAAGCAUCGUUAUUGUGGACGAGGCACAUCGACUCAAAAAGCCAGACGGUCUCCUGACAUUGGCUGUGAAGAAGAUGAAAACUCAGUCCUGUUUCGCUCUCACCGGCACCUUGAUCCAAAAUCGCAUGGAUGAAAUGUGGAGUGUUCUCGACUUUGUUCGACGCGGUUGGGCUGGUACCCUCGACGAGUGGAGGGAAUAUGCAGUCAAUCCCAUCAAACGAGGACAUCGUCAUGAUGGGACGGUCGAAGCUGUGGUCCGGGCAGUUAUGCGAACAGGAGAAGUCAGCAAGAAGAUUCUUCCCCAUUUCUACCUUCGACGCGACAAGCGCCUCAUUGCAAGCGAGGUACGUUGCAUGCUCAACCUCGUAUUGACCCUGCCGCAGCUUCCUCAGAAGCGAGACCUCGUUGUGCUCUGCCCACUGGGUAGGAACCAAGCCGCCGUCUACCAGCGUAUCAUUGACUCGCCUGACGUCGCAUUCAUUCUCCACGCUCAUGACCCUUGCGAAUGCGGGUCUAAUGAAACCCGACGAAACUGUUGCCACCGAGAAAACGCCAUCGGCGACAGUUACCCCGCGACUAUGCUGAAGAUGUUCGACGCGCUCGGGCGCGUGGCAAAUCAACAGAUCAGCAGACGUGUCUUUGAGUUCUGCCAUACGACCCUGCGGUCCACAGCGUCGUGGAAGCGACAUUCAGGAGUGCCGCUAACGAACAGGGACCCGAACAACUGUGGCAAAUGGAAUCUCCUUGAAACACUGUUGAAGGAGUGGAGGCGAGCCAGCGAAGAGAACAACAAGGUCCUCAUUUUCUCCAACUCGGUCCGUCUCCUCAAAAUGAUCAAGGAGUUUAUCGACAUUUCCGACGAAUUGGCUGGUGUUGACUGCGAUGUCUUCUCCGGUGACGUUGACAAGAGUGAUCGCAUGGCCAUGGUGGACAAGUUCCAAGAUCCCAACCAGGACAUGUUUGUGAUGCUUGUCAGCACUCUGGCUGGUGGCGUGGGUCUGAACUUGACCGCGGCGAACAAGGUUGUCAUCUUUGACCCUUCAUGGAAUCCCGCAAACGACCUCCAGGCAAUGGACCGAGCCUUUAGGAUUGGCCAGAAACGCCCAGUUGAUGUCUACCGUCUGGUAGGACAAGGCACCGUGGAGGAGGUUAUGUAUGAGCGGCAAAUCUACAAGCAGCAGCGUGCACGCCAGAUGAAUGACGGAACAUUCGAGCGCCGCACCCACACUGGUUACGAGGGCGCACAACACAAAGAGGACAAGGGUGAACUGUUUGGUGUCCACAACAUCUUCAAGUUUGACCCGCAAGGCUUUGUCAAGGGCAACCUUGAACGUAUUCGCCUCGCAGAGGACCAGAUCCGCCUUGAUCUCAUUGAGGGCGAGUACGACGAGGAGCCAGAGGUGGACGGUGAUGAAUCGGACGACGAGAUGGCCAAGGAGGUGCGGGCACAGCGGCGUGCCAAGGCUCUUAAGCAUGCUAUUGGCCAGCCAGCCCUCGAAGACGAGAGUUUGUUGUCCGAGAUCAACUCGGACGGCGUGGCUCAGAAGCCAAAGACCGACGACGACGUGUUGAAGCAGCUCGGUGUGACUUCCCUCCAACACGACAGUGCAUUCCGGGACUCUGCUGAAGAGAGGGACAUUUUUGAAAUCGGGCUCAAGAUCCUUGCCCAGCGGCCGGACCUCAAGGACAUCAAGGCCAACGACGCCGGUAAAGUCCGCCUGCGCGACGAGAAGAAGCCCAAACGCAAGUCUCGAGGUGGCGACGAUGAGCCCGAUUACAGCGAGCAGCCGUGGGCAAAGCGGUUUUCUGCGGGAAAGACCCGAAACAAAGGCAAGGUGCUCGCCGGGCUCGAUGACGACGAGGAAGUCGAGUAGUGUCCAUUCUGUAUCAUGUUCCCAGUUGUAUCAUUCUUGUGCCUGUCAUAUCCUGCAUACAUGC